UAGAGCCAUAGAGGAUUUGAUCCGUCCUAGUAUAGCCAUCAUGGAAUUUGUUGCCCGAGACCUGAUAACUUACUCGAUAUUUGCUGUAGCAAUUGGUUGUUUUUACAUAGUUUUCCACUAUGUCGGUCAACGGUCAAAUAACUCUGGGAAACAGAGGUCACCGCCGGAAGCCGGCGGAGGGAGGCCUGUUUUCGGCCACCUUCACCUCUUCAGAGGCGCCGUCCCUGCCCACGUGGCCCUCGGAGAAUUGGCCGACAAGUACGGACCGGCGUUCACUAUCCGGAUCGGCAUGAAGAAAGUGUUGGUCGUCAGCGACCGGGAAUGGGCCCAAGAAAUUUUCACUUCCCACGACCUCAGCGUUUCGGAGCGUCCGAGGUUUCGCGCCGCCAAACACUUGGGCUACGACUACAAGAUGUUCGGAUUCUCACCGUACGGUCCGUACUGGCGAGAUAUCCGGAAGCUCACUUCCACGCAGCUUCUCUCCCACCGGCGGCUCGACCAGCUGAAGCACGUCAGAGACUCCGAGAUCGAAACCGCCGUCAAAGAGCUUUAUGAUCUUUGGAGGGAAAAGAACCCCGCCGCAGGCGGCGGAGAUCGAGUCCCUGUUUUGGUGGAAAUGAAGAAGUGGUUCGGAGACGUAUCGAUGAACGUGUUCCUUCGGAUGAUCGCCGGGAAGCGGUGUUUUGGCCGGGCGGCGGAGAGGAGUGAUGAUGAUGACGGCCGGCGUUGCCAAAGGGUUUUGAGAGACUUUUUUCACUAUCUUGGCGUCGCUGUUCCGGCGGAUGCCCUGCCAAUAUUGGGAUGGUUAGAUCUCGGCGGGUAUGAGAAAGCCAUGAAAGGAGUGGCUAAAGAAAUGGACUUGAUCGUUGACCAAUGGUUACGGGAACAUCGCCGCCGGCUCAAAGAAGAAGGAACUGGCGGCGGCGGCGGUGAGAAAGAUUUAAUGGAUGUCAUGCUUCGUAGUGGUUACGAUUCUGACGAUACAGCCAUCAAAUCAACUUGCAUGGUGUUGCUUUCGGGAGGAGCGGAUACGACCAUGGUUAUGCUUACAUGGGCUAUGUCGUUAAUAAUGAACAACCCUCAUGUGUUAAAGACGGCACAAGAAGAGCUAGACAAGGUGGUGGGCAAGGAAAGAAGGGUUAACGAAUCAGACAUCAAUAGUUUGGUAUACCUCCAAGCCAUAGUCAAAGAAACUUUAAGAUUGUACCCCGGUGGGCCUCUAGGAGGGCCAAGGUUGUUUAGAGAGGAUUGUACCAUACAAGGUCUUCAUGUCCCAAAAGGCACUUGGCUUUAUAUAAAUGUUUGGAAGCUCCAACGGGACCCACAUGUUUGGUUUGAUCCUGAUGAGUUCAAACCAGAGAGGUUUGUUCUCAAUAAUAGUCACAAGUGGAACAACGAUUUCGAGUUGUUCGCGUUUGGUGCUGGUAGAAAAGUGUGUCCAGGCAUUACAGUUGGUCUGUUGAUGUUGCAUUUGGUGCUGGCUAAUUUGUUGCAUUUCUUUGAUCUCUCAACAGAUGCUCCAAUUGACAUGAGUGAGAGUUUUGGACUAACAAACCUUAAAGCUACCCCCCUUGAGAUUUUAAUUUCUCCCCGCCUCUCUUCUUCUUUGUAUUAGUCAUUCUUAUGACACCGUCCCCACCAGUAUCCAUAACUAAACCUGAAUAAAAAGUAUUUCUUUUUUAUUUGAAUAAUCAUGAAUAAUACUAUCAAGUCUUCUUGACCGAUGAUAUGUACUCUAGAUGUGAAGUUGUAACAAAAGGUGGGUUUGAAGUUUCCAUGAACAUGAAAAGAUUAAGACACUAAGAUGAAUGAAUUAUGAGGUAAAUAAAUAUAUUGAGAUGAAUAUUUUGUUUUGCUAAUUUCCAGUUAAAUGAAAUGCUAGUUGAUCACGAUGGUUACUAAAAC